CAACCAUGGAAAUCCCACUUAUCUCCUAUUCCCCCACUGCUGUCUGUGGCUUCAGAGUCCCUAUAAAGAGGGGUUCCAAACUCAGAUCAGCACAAAGCACAGGACCUGAAGCUCUUCUCAAGCUCCCCAGCUCUUCUGAGAUCUUCAGUCUCAGUUCUCCCCCCAGCUUCUGAUCUCUGAAAUCUUGGCUGUAGCUUCACCAUGAAAUUCUGCAUGACAGUCCUCUCUCUCCUUGUGAUCGGGGCUGCCUUCUGCUCUCCAGUGCUCUCUGCACCAAUGGGCUCAGACCCUCCCACAGCCUGCUGCUUCUCUUUCACCCAGCGGAAGUUGCCUCGCAACUUUGUGACUGAUUACUACGAGACCAGCAGCCUCUGCCCCCAGCCAGCUGUGGUAUUCCAAACCAAAAGAGGCAAGCAAGUCUGUGCCAACCCCAGUGAGCCCUGGGUGCAGGAGUACAUGGAAUACCUAGAGCUUAACGAAGCAUGAUGUCCUCAGGGAAGGUCACCUGAGCCAGAUAGCUCUCAAUGAGAAGCACUUUAUUCUCCAUGAUCACUAAGCCUCCUAGUGUUUCCUGCCCCUCAUCAUGUUUUAGUCAUUUGUAUGCGUAUUGCUCUUGUCUUAAGGGUUAUUUUUAUGAUUUAUGUUAACCAAAGCACACAUGUCUCCUAUGGGGACGGUCCGUCAUCACAGUUCUCUGCUAU